UCCACACCGCAGUAGACAGAGAGCAUCAUCUCUGUUCGACCGUAGUGUACACUUGGACAUGAUAGUAUCUCUAAGGCUACCUUCAUUGAGUUCGCUCUUAGCUCCCUCCAAGCUCCGCUCGCCGCAGAUUCACCGGCAGAGCUGCUACCAACAUCUCCGGAGGAGAGUUCCCCACGCCGGCCUCUCUGCGCACAGCUCGGCAUCGAGCCCGCCGGAGACUGAGGACGGAGUCGACAGCAAUAAGACUCGAGCCAAUCCCGACCAAGUGAUUACCCCUCGGUCUCAGGACUUCAAUGGUUGGUAUCUCGACGUUAUUGCCAAUGCGGAGCUUGCAGACUAUGGUCCAGUUCGAGGAACUAUGGUUAUCCGUCCUUAUGGAUACGCAAUUUGGGAGGCAAUUCAGGAUUAUUUGAAUGUUAAGUUCAAAGAGACUGGCCACAGCAACAUAUAUUUCCCACAGUUUAUACCAUACUCCUUCUUAGAGAAAGAAGCUAGUCAUGUUGAAGGAUUCAGUCCGGAAUUAGCUGUUGUUACAAUUGGAGGCGGAAAGGAGCUUGAAGAGAAACUUGUGGUACACAUAUUUUUUUUCGCAAAUGUCCGACCUACUAGUGAAACUAUCGUGAAUCACAUGUUUACACAGUGGAUUCAUAGUUACCGAGAUCUUCCUCUCCUGGUUAACCAGUGGGCAAAUGUUACAAGGUGGGAGAUGCGCACAAAACUGUUUUUGAGGACUCUUGAGUUCCUUUGGCAGGAGGGUCAUACUGCGCAUACCACCCCAGAAGAGGCUGAAAAAGAGGCAUUACAAAUGAUUGACGUCUAUACAAAAUUUGCUUAUGAGCAAGCUGCAAUACCUGUUAUUGCAGGUAAAAAAUCAAAUAUUGAAAGAUUUGCUGGUGCUUUAAAGACCUAUACUAUAGGGGCAAUGAUGGGCGAUCGAAAGGCAUUACAAGCCGGAACGAGUCACAACCUUGGUCAAAAUUUCUCUCUUGCUUUUGCAACUCAGGAGUGUUUGUCCAAAUGUGUCCCUGUUCAGUUCACCGAUGAAAAUGGGCAAAGGCAGCACGUGUGGCAGACAUCAUGGGCCAUCAGUACCCGCUUUGUGGGUGGUAUCAUCAUGACGCAUGGAGAUGAUGCUGGAUUAAUGCUUCCUCCAAAAAUUGCACCGAUACAGGUGGUAAUCGUACCAAUUUGGAAGAAGGAAGAAGAGAGAGUAGGAGUCCUCAAUGCUGCGUUGUCUGUAAAAGAAGUUCUGUGGACUGCUGGAAUCAAAGUUAAACUUGAUGACUCCGAUCAAAGAACCCCAGGACGGAAGUUCAAUUUUUGGGAAGUGAAGGGAGUUCCUCUAAGGAUUGAAAUUGGCCCUCGUGAUGUUUCAAGUGGGAGUGUUGUGAUAUCUAGGAGAGACAUUCCUGGAAAGCAAGGAAAGGUAUUUGGAAUCUCUAUGGAACCAUCAAUUUUAGAAGCUUAUGUGAAAGACAAGUUGGAUGAGAUCCAGCCAUCACUCUUGGCACGGGCAACGUCGUUUCGUGAUAGUAAUAUUGAGGAUGUGAGCUCAUAUGAUGAACUCAAAGCUGCAAUAUCCUCUGGCAAAUGGGCGAGGGGUCCUUGGUCGGCUAGUGAUGCGGAUGAAUUAAGGGUGAAAGAAGUAACAGGGGCAACGAUCCGGUGUUUCCCCUUUGAACAACCCCAAGGGCUCAAGCAUCAUCAGGGCCGUCUGUAUUUGGGAAUGUGACAGUCUGGUGGGCCAAGUGGGGACGUGGAAGGACCAGGUGCAAAUGGGAGUGUAGGGUUCGAUUGUCCUCUUGGUUUUUGUCCCUUGCGUGGAAUGAACUCAACAAAGCAAGGUAGCAACCACCAACUUGUGGAGAGAGACAUGAAAAGGUACAUUUAGGAGAGCUGUCGAAUAAUGCUGAGGAAGGAAGCUUCUUGGGUCUUGGCAAUUACUCACUAUUUAAUUGGUUUGCUUUUGUCCUUAUGAAACACCAUAACAGUAAUUGGAGCAGUGAAAUUGGGAUUUCUCAAUCAAAUUCACUAUAUUUUUUAAAGCUUCUACCAUAAACUAACGUUGAGUCUC